CCACAAAUUUGUUCCAAGAACCAUCUUGGAGGCCCAUCCUGUGUGCCAAGGGAACGGUUGACGUCGCGUUCGUGACCAUAUUUACCUUUUCGAGGUAUUAGUGCUCCGUAUUUUGUGUUGUGCCGCAAAGGGCCACAUUGUCGUGGAAUCAGAAUAUUGUAUUUUCAAUGUGUAUGGCUAUUGUGUAUUUCGGUGAACCGGUUCUCGCAUACAUGGAGUUCCAUUUGGACAGUGCAGAAUAUUGCCAAGCUCAACACAAAUAAACAUCUUUAAACAACACGUUUAAUUGUUUAGCAUCAUUGUCAUAACAUACCUAGUUUAUCGGAAUUAACUCACCGUAAAGCGAAACUAACUGUUCAUUUCAGUUUCAUUUGUUCCAUAGAAAGAUGGUCUGUUUUCCAGCUGUUGAUCAUAUUUUAGUUACAAUUAAUUAGGACGGUAAUAGUUGCUUACUGUAAUCGACAAGAAGUUUCCUUCGAUAGACUGAAGCAUAAAUCUGCCAUUUUAAGGCUGUUAGUUUAAAAAUCAAAAGCUAAACUACAAAAUUACUCAGCGAUAUUACACAUCUUGGGUUAUGACCAGCGCAAUUAUGAGGCAAAAAGAUAUCAGACCAUCUGCAGCGGAGAUUGAAUAUAAGGGUUUUAAGUUCCUUAUCACAGAUAGGCCUUCUGAUCAAAACAUUGUUGCCUAUAUUCAGGAACUCCAAAAGCACCAGGUGAAGACGGUCGUCAGGGUAUGCGAGCCAUCUUAUAAAACGGACGAGUUAAAGCAAGUAAACAUAGAGGUGUUCGAUCUGAUGUUUGACGAUGGCACUUUUCCCCCCAAUGAGGUUGUAGAGAAAUGGUUUAAGGUGCUGAAAAAACUGUUUCACGAAGAUCCCGAUGGAUGCGUUGCAGUGCAUUGCGUCGCCGGAUUGGGCCGCGCCCCGGUGAUGGUAGCUCUUGCACUAAUCGAACUAGGAUUGAAGUACGAAGAGGCUGUCGAAUUAAUUAGAGAAAAGAGGAGAGGUGCAAUCAAUGCGAAGCAGUUGGCGUUUUUGGAGAAAUACCGUCCGAAAUCACGUUUGAAGGCAAAAAAUGGACAUAAGAACUCCUGCUGUAUUCAGUAAUUUCUCAGGGAUAUAUCCACCAGCCCGAAAAAUUGUUGUAUGGCUGCAUCAUAUUUGGAAUUAUUUACGCGUAGGUUUCUGAAAAAGUAUCUUCUUUAUAUAAUCAGUGCUAGUUACCUUUAAAUGAUUGGUUCUUAGUGUUUAAAAAUCUGUCUGUUGGUAUAUUAAAGGCCGUUUGUUUGAUAUGAUAAGUCGACGUUACUGUAGUUUUGACGUUAAAUUUGUUGUUUUAAGCUGUCUGUUUUCAUAUUAUGCUCUCAUUUGUGACUCUGGUUUUGAAUGAAUUGUAUUUUUUUUAAUGUAAUAUAGGCUAUGUCUAAUUA